AUGUCAAUAACAAUCAAAGUUGAAGAAAAUGUUCAAAAGAAACCUGAUCCACCUGUUGAUCUAUCUGCUGAACCACUUGUUCAUGUAUGUGUUGAUUCAUCUGUUGAACCACGUGCUGAUCCAUCUGUUGAACCACGUGUUGAUCCAUCUGUUGAACCACGUGUUAAUGUGUGUGCUGAUAUAUCUGUUGAUGUAAUUGUUCAUGCACCUGCUGAUCCUUCUGUUGAUUCAGAAUCUGAUCAUGCUAUAGACCUGGAAUAG